AUGGAUAAGAGCAGGAAGACAGUAGUUGAAUAUCUGGAUAAGAUAUUGGCUGAUAGUGAAAAGGCAGCCCCUGAAGACCUGCUAUUUUCCUAUAAGGGAAUUUUGUACCCUGCUACUCUAUGCAGCCCUGAAACUUUCCAAGUUCUUGAUUCUUUUGAAGCCAGGAGUGACGAUGUGAUCCUAGUGGCAUACCCCAAAAAUGGUAACUAUUGCUAUACUAACUGGCUUGAUCAAGUCUUAAAUGACUUGGAAAUUACAGCUGCAAAAUAUACAGAGGAGGAAAUUAAAAAGAGAAUUAAUAUUACAAAUGAAUUAUCUGUAUUUCCACGUCUAGAAUUUGGGGAUCCAGAGAAAUUUAAGAGGAUGAAGGAAUUACCUUUCAGAAGAAUCAUAAUAACACAUCUCCCUCCUCAAGUCCUGCCAAAAUCUAUUUUCAAAAGCAAGGCCAAGAUACUGCUGCUGGUUCGAAAUCUAAAAGACACCGCUGUAUCUUAUUUCCAUUUUUACAACAAUAUGCCUACACUUCCCUCCUUCGGCUCAUGGGAUGAGUAUUUUACAGCUUUUAUGCAUGGAAAAUUGUGUUGGGGCUCCUAUUUUGAUUAUUUAGUUGACUGGAACAAGCAUGUGGCUGAUGAAAAUGUUAUGGCGAUAACCUAUGAAGAGCUGAAAGAGAAUCAGACGUUAGGACUGAAAAAAACAGCUGACUUCUUUGGGUUCUCACUAAGUGAGGAAGAGAUUCAGACUGUUGCAGAGAAGAGCAGCUUCAAAGCUAUGAAAGAGAAAUCCUCCAAAACUCCUGGAGCAUUUGGGGAAAUUUUCUUCUGUAAAGGUGGUGUUAGCGACUGGAAGAAUCUUUUUAAUGAAGAUCAGAACCAAGAAAUGGACAAAACGUUUGAAGAACUCCUAGCAAGAACUAAGCUGGGAGCAAAGAUAAAGUAUGAGGUGUACUGCAAAGCCUGA